AUGUCUUUAUUUAAGUCGCAAAUCCCUGAUUCUGAUUUCUUGAUCGCUUCUAGCGAGUUUACCAAUAUAAAUACAACGAAUAACACUAAAUUAGAAGAAAAACUUGAUAUCAUUAUAGCCAACCAAAACAUCAUAAAGAGACAACAAGCAGAAACGUUGGCGAUGUUUAAGCAGCUAUUUGAAAAAGAUGUAGGCUCCUAUGGAACGAGAAGUGUGUUCCCGUUGUCCAACUUGGAAACAUUAAAAAAACUGAAUGCAGAUAUAGUGGCAGGUUCCAGUGCAGACUAUAUAAAAAUCAUUAAAAAUAUAAUAGGCAUUAAAUCUGUUGAGGGUAUUUUCGAAAGGAGUCUUAUUGUUCAGUUGAACUACGAUGGCAUUCAUUCCAAAUACUCCUUAAAGGAAUGCAAGGGGUUAAUAGACUGCUUGUUUGAGGCAGCAAUGAAAGAAGGAUAUUCCCAUGGCGAGUUUGUUAAAAACUUGCGAAAAGCUUUAAAACUGGCGAAAAAUCGUCAUUUCGAAACAAACUCCAUAUUAAAAUCUAAAAAAUAA